GAGCGCGGCGCUGGAGCAGCGCGGCCCUGGAGCAGCGGCCGUAGCGGCCUCUCCCGCUCCCCCUGCUCCCGGCCCUUCCUACCGGCCGCCCCUCGCGUCUUCAGCGGCGCUCGGUUCGUCUCUCUGACCGUUUCGCCGCCUUUCGUAGCGCCGCCGCCGCCAGGGGAAGGAGGAACCGCUGCCGCGCCAGCUGCCCCGAAGGAAAAGCCCCCACCAUGUCGCGGCCGCUCCCGCUGAACCCCACCUUCCUACCUCCCACCUACGGGGUGCUGAAGUCCCUGCUGGAAAACCCGCUCAAGCUGCCGCUCGCUCACGAAGACGCAUACGGUAAAGAAAAAGACAAAGAGAAGAAGUUAGAUGAUGACAGCACCAGUACCACAGUCCCUCAGUCAGCUUUCUUGGGUCCAACAUUAUGGGACAAGACACUGCCAUACGAUGGAGACACUUUCCAGUUGGAAUACAUGGACCUGGAAGAAUUCCUCUCAGAAAAUGGCAUUCCACCCAGCCCAAACCAGCAUGAGCAUAGCCCACACCAGUCAGGUCUCCAGCAAGCUACCUCAGCAUCACCUUCUGUCAUGGACCUCAGCAGCAGGGCUUCUACUUCAGUCCAUCCAGGCAUGGUGUCGCAGAACUGCAUGCAGAGCCCGGUCAGACCAGGUCAGAUCUUGCCAGCAAACCGAAACACACCAAGUCCCAUUGAUCCUGAGACUAUCCAAGUUCCUGUUGGCUACGAACCUGACCCUGCAGAUCUUGCUCUCUCCAGUAUUCCUGGCCAGGAGAUGUUUGACCCUCGUAAGCGCAAAUUCUCUGAAGAAGAGCUGAAACCACAGCCAAUGAUUAAGAAAGCUCGCAAAGUCUUCAUUCCAGAUGACCUGAAGCAGGAUGACAAAUACUGGGCAAGGCGCAGAAAGAACAACAUGGCAGCCAAGCGCUCGCGGGACGCCCGGCGGCUGAAGGAGAACCAGAUCGCCAUCCGCGCCUCCUUCCUGGAGAAGGAGAACUCGGCCCUGCGCCAGGAGGUGGCCGAUCUGCGGAAGGAGCUGGGCAAGUGCAAGAACGUCCUGGCCAAGUACGAAGCUCGACACGGGCCCCUGUAGAUUCCAGGAUGGGGGGGGGGAGUGGGGUUGUUGUUUGGUUUUUUGGGUUUUUUUUUUUCUUUUUUCUUUUUUUCUUUUUUUUUUUCUGUUCCGUUGCGGGUUGGCAUCUGCCUAGAUGGACAAUGUGUUUCCUGUUUGAUAGCACCGCGCCCAAACCAACCUUUCUGUCUUCAGCACUUUACCAGAAGCAGAAACAAAACUGACGUUUGUUUGCGUGUGCGUGUACCUGUGUGUGUGUGUGUGUGUGUGUGUGUGCGUGCAUAUGUGUGCACGUGUGACCACACAUCUGUAUCUGUGUGUGUGUGUGUGUGUGUGUGUGUGUGUGCGCGCAUCUCAGCACUUCCCAUUUUUAUGAAGCCCUCUCCAAAGGGUGCCACAUUUUUACCUGGACAGUUGAGAACCGACCGCCAUAGUAAGCUUUUUAUUAUAUUUUUUCUCAGUGCUGCUUCAGAAUAGGUUUUGUUUUGUUUUUUUAUGUUCUGGUAACCGGUUCCAUCCUCCUGAUUUACUUGGAAAGAUCCCGGUAUAAAUGAUAAAAAAAAAAAAAAAGGAAAAAAAAGAAAAAAGAAAAAAAAAUUCAGUUUUUCGAGAGUAACAAGCUAUUGUUUCAGUCUGUCUAUCCAGAAAAGUUAACAUGCUAGUAAAGUGCACAAAUAAUAAUUUUAGUACUACACUGCAGAGAUAUUUAAUUUAUAGAUUGCUUUUGUUGUAUUUUAAGUUUUGGUGAUAAUUGUCUUCAGAUUUAAAGUGCUGUUAGCCUGAGUUAGCUGUACUCAUUAUAGAACCCAUAAUGGCUUCUCUGUAGCUGUUAAGGUUCCUUUUCUCUCCACAGACCCCAGGUAGGUAGGAGUGCUGGUGGUAGAGCACAGAGUGUCUCUUGCACUGUCUGUACCUGAAGCAAUAACCCCGUGUACGCUAGCGCGCAUGCUGCCCGCCUGCUCCUGCUGGCCCUAGGAUGGUCUCCGUGCCCAUCAGGAGUCUUCAUGUCUUUAACAAAAAGUUUAAAAGUAAAAGCCACGUUCACGUGAGCAUGCUGGUCGUGUCCCUGCUGCAGGGAGCGCAUGUAUAAGAAGCAGGAUAAUUAGUUGAAAUGAGAACGAAAUUAAUAGUAUCAAAUCAGAUCCGAUGGUGAGAUCAGAGGGGCUUUUCUGUUUUCAGUUAGUGAAGCAUCUCUUCAAGUUCCAUUUUGUGAUUAAAAUUUAAAUAAAUACACUUGGUUUUUUCCAUGUUCUGUAAUAUAUUUUCUGUGGAUUAUAUCUUGCUGUUUUAAAAAUCACUUUUGUUCAGUUAGAAGUUGUCACUGGUUUGCAAAGCCCAUCUUUCCUAGUGAUUGUUGCUUCGAGUGUGACAUGAACUGAUGGUUCUGAACUUUGUUGUUUUAAACUCUCUUUGCUUUUGAACACACGUGUUCUGAUAUAAAGUGGACUUCUGAAAAACGAAUGUAAGAGACACUGGUGUAUUUUAGAGGGGGAUGGUGUUGUCAUAUACUGUGGUUAAUCCAAUCAAUUUAAGUGUUUACUAUAGACCAAAAGAAUAGAUAUUAUAAAAUGUGUAAAGUUUAUACAGAAUAAUUGUAGUAUGUUUGUUUUGUACAGUAUUUUUCAAGUACAAAUACUGACAAUGUAUUUUGAAAGACAUAUAUAUAGCAAAGAGAAAAAGCUAUUCCAUGUUUAAAAUAUAUAGCAAAGAUAUAUAUUCUCCAUUAUUGUACAGAGAGGAACUGCUUUAAGGGUUUGUUGGAUGUUGGUUUUUUAAAAAAAAAUCUUUAAUAUUUUAAGCCUACCACUGGCACACGGGCAUGUUCUGUUCUUUAAAUUAAAUUUUUAUGGAAGUAAUAUGGCUUCCCAGGGUGUUCCAUAUUACUGAUAAAGAGAGAGAUUUUAUUAUCAUUUUCCAUCAGAAACACAUAAAGAAAUAGGUUAAUAGCGACAAAGCACAAGAGGGUCGUUAGUCAAUUAUUGAUUGGACAAUACAAGAUUUUGUAAAGGCAGAAAAAUAAUAUAUAACACAGAAAAAACCCAACCCUUAGUAAUUUCUAAUCUGCUGCUGCUGCUAGAAUCUGUUUCCAGCUGAAUUUUUUUUAAUCACUAGCUCUGUUGAUGUACAUCAGCUGUACAUACUGCAUGCAGUUAUUAGCACGGGAGGGAAAUACUGUGCUACACGUCUUGCUCAGGCUUCUAAGUGUGUUGAUAUUGUUUUCAAAUGAAGAAAUUGUUCAUUCCAUUAAAUCAUUUUUCAUGCUGCAGGAGAUUUUUACAAAGGACUCAGCAUUUUUGUGCAGCAUUAAAAGUACCCUCACAUCAAUAGCAUUUUUCCAGUAUUUUCCCUCAAACAUACCUGACUGCUGGGUGUCCCUUAACAUGCUGUACUUGUCUGUGGACCAUUUGUUCAGCAGGUUGAAUUUCCAUGUGCUGCAGCAAAGUUUAAAGCAUAGUAAGUUAUUUUUUUAAAGGUCAGUAUAAGCUGCUGGUUGUGUGGGGAGAGAUGAGACUGGCAGGGCUUGGCACAAGUUGGCCGAGCUGCCUUAGCCACAAUGAAGCAAAGUGAUGUUUUUCCUUAGGCAGCAGCUGGGAUCAGCCCCUGCUCCCCGGGCAGCACCAUGGCAACUGGCAUCAACUUGUCAUUGCCCUCACCUGGAUUCUUCUUGGGGUGACACUUGAACAGCAGGAAGGGUGUGUCUGAGAGCAGCUGGUGCACAUGGAGCCAGCAUCAUCCGUGGGUUCAGUGUGACCACAACACUUUCUUGAACAUGUAAAAGGCAGCUUGGAAAAAAGAAAAUAAAACAAAUACAGCUAAUUCUUUUUCUUUUGGACAAGGAAGGAGUGGGAGAUGGUAGUUUUUGUAGGCUGGAUAGCACAGAUUUAUCAAGUCAUGGCCACAGAGGAACACAGGUUCCCAGCAGCUACCUUGUCCACCAGCAGCCCCAAAGCUGCUCAGAUGCCUCCUCAUCAUGUCCCGCCAGGCAGGAGGGCAAGUGCAGAGCCAGCAUCUUCAGGCUGGGGGCUCUCAGAGGAGCUCAGAGGGCUUGGGCACUCACCACCUGGGAGGGAGGUACCCUGCCCUGGGAAAAGCUCACCCCUAAAAUAAAAGGAAAAAAACAAAACAAGCAAACAAAAAUAAAUCUGUGGACUGAAACUCAAAACCCAGGUUCUCUAACUGGGUCAUCCUCCCAAAAUAACAAUAAAAAAAUAAAUGAAAGUUUAUCUCAUUUUAAGUUCCCAAGGACAGCUUAGCUGGGUUCAUUGCACCUCUGGGGGCUUUGUUGCUCAUGAAAGAGUUUGUAGGUAAAUGAAAUUGUAAUUUUAUAAAAAUAGAAAUAUAUAUAUUUGCAGAAUAAUUAAUAGUGUGUCUAACUAAUCCACUGACCUUUAUUAAACCAUAAGCAUUGAUUAAAUGCUUGUAUUUUAUUUUUGUUUUUUUUGCUGAAACUUAGAAGUGAUUUUUUUCUCUUUUUAAAAAAGAAUGCCCUCUGAAAACAUGGAAUUUGAGACGUAUUUGUGAGUACAAGCACCUUGGGGCUCUCCGUGAGAAAGCCCAGAGCAGGGGAGGGAAGAGGGAGGGGAAUGACUAUUUUUCUUCUUUUUUUGAGCGGUGCUAAAACCACUAAGCCUAGCACCAUGGAAAUAAAGUUCUGACUUGAAUCCAUAAAAGCCAGACAUUCAAAGGCAAAGGGAGGCUCUGGAGGGAGGUGCCUGGUUUCCCCUGUGCCCACAGGGAACAGCUCAAACCUGCAAGUGCAGGUGGGGUGAGGUCAGUUGUGCCCAAAGACCCCCUAGCAUUUGAAUAUCUUGCCUCUGUGGAUUUGUAAUAACCCCAAUUGCUGCUUUAAAACUAUUUUUGCAUGUAAUUUACAAUAGAGAUGUGCAAUUUAUUUUGUUGACCUUUUUUUUUUUAAUGUGAAAAAAAAAAAGUGUAUUAAAAAUUACAAAGUGAUCAACCAUUGUAUUCCUGGCAACACCACGAGACAGCAUCUGUUUAAAUACAAGUUUAACAAAUAAGAUCAAAUUAACUGUUUGACAUGAAAUGGAUUGCAUCCUGUCUGCUCUUCAGCCCAAAUAUUUUUAUUUUUUUGGGUUUUUUUCUUUUUUUUUUUUUGUCUGUUAUUCUUAAUGUUUAAUAAACUUUUAAAUUUUUCUUCUCUCA